GGGCUUGACACCGGCAAACGGAUUCCAGUGAAUUCCCACUCAAACUAUUUCCUGUUUCUCACGAAAUCUAACGGGGAAACUUGAUCCAGGCAACAUGCAGGAGGCAGAGUGGGAGUUUUCGGUCUGCAGACAAUCGAAUUCAAAGAUUAUUGGCUUGAAUUCAGUGUCCAUUGAUGAACUCUACUUCUGAAAAGUGCUCUAAAAGUUUAUAGGUUUAUGUCCAUUUGGUUUUAUUGCACCUCUAGGCCAGCAUCUGUAUUGGUUUUAUUGGGGGGAUGUCAGAGUUGGCGACUGUCUGGUUAUAAUGGGCCAAAGACUAUUUUGUAGUUACAGCAUUUUGUUAUAGCUGUAAAACCUUAAACAAAUGUUCUGUGACAUGAUCUUCCAAAAUUCAUAUUGUAUUUGUUCUCCAUCACUCACCCUGCCAUAAAAAUGGCAAAAUCCAUUUGUCAUCCAUCAGCAUGAGGAAAGCCGAAGUAGUUAAUUGAAAAGAGGCAGAUAAUUGACGAUCACAAGUCAGUCUGGUAAUGGGUACAAAAAAUACUAGUUGCUAGGUACUAGUUAAGAUCAAUGGCACAAUUAAUUCCGCAAAGCCUUGGUUGUAGAUAGAUUGUCCAGUAGGACAAUGGUCCCAAACCUACAUAAUAUACAUAGAAAUGGUUAAGGAAAAAACAUCAGUAACACUUCAACACGAUUGAAAAUCUGUCGUCUGAACUGGAGAGGGCAGAUAAUGAUAUUGACAUUUUCUGCUUGGAGGAAUGGUCAAAAAUCCCUCCAAAUGUGUUUGCUUAACCUAAAUUAUAGGAAGACUCACAGCCUGUCAUCUUUGCCAGGGCUGUUUUCUCAAAGUGAUAAGUGGUGCCAUGAAUUAUUUGUUAGACUUUGGGCGAGUCAUUGGUAAAGCACACUACACAUUGGAAAAUAAAGUUAAUCUCAAUAACGAUAAUGAUCAGUAUUUUUGUGCAUAUGUAUCCAGGGUGGCAAUAAUUCUAGAGCCCACUCUCUCGACCCGGACCAACCAACUUUCAAACCAAGCCUACGCCGUUUGUCUGUAGGGCGUAGAUUUAGUUCACCGUUUACUAUUGCUGUGGCUGUUGUCACGCUGCUGGCUUCUUUCUCCCCUCUGUUCUGUUGAAUAUCCUGUGAACAUUGGCACUUGGCUAACUCUACUGUCCUGUCUAAAUUACUAAUUUGUGAUAAAUUAUAAUGCAAUGAUCCUGCUAGUAAAUUAUUCCAAUUCCUUACUAAAUUGCAUGUGCAAUACUCCCAUUGCAUGAGCUUGCACCCAUUAACUGUGUGUGCGCUUAUAAUUAUAUGUGAAAUCCAGUUCACAGAGAAGAACUGAAGCAUUGGAAAGGAAUUCAAGGUGAGCACAUGAGUACCCUAGCAAGUUGGGGCAUGCUCUCUUGCCAGUGAGGCAGAAGGGGGGAUAAAUAUUCUGAGUGGCUAGACAUGAUCGGAGAAAGGGCAGACUUUUCAAAAUUAAAGAACUCCGUGAGGGAGGAAUGGGUGAGCACUAAUUUCAUAAGGAAUAUUUUAUGGCGAUGACUGAAAUGCAAGGUCCAAUACAGCAGAAAACUGCAAUAGAAGGGAGUAAAUAGACUGCAGCAGCAUUCUUCAACAGGAUGAGUUCGGCUGGUUGCCCCAAGUUUGAUUCCCGUUUAGCAUUAAACAGCGUCUGUCGAUCAUGGAGCUGCAUUCUUCGACGACAUGACGGCUCUUUGGUUGACCUCAGACCCCUCCGUUCCUCCCAAUAUCACCUACCUACCUGGGAUGACCACCUCCUCCAUUAAUCAAACAUGUGGAAACAAUGACCACUUCAAGUACCUGGCCUACAAAAUUACAUAUUGCUUCGUCUGCCCUGUUGGUUUCCUGUGCAACUCAUUGGCCCUGUUGGUAUUCUUAUGCUUCAUACCCAAGUCUGCCAGCACGGUCUUCAUGAUUAACCUGUCAUUUUCGGAUGUGAGUUUCUCCUUGACCCUCCCUUUCCGCCUAGUGUACUACCUGCAGGGUGGCCAGUGGAACUUCCCAGACUGGCUGUGUCGCUGGUGUGUCUUCUCGUUCUAUCUCAACCUGUACACCAGUGUGCUCUUCCUGACUGGGUUCAGCGUGCUCAGGUAUUUGGCUGUGCUGCACCCUAUGCAGAGCAAGACCCUGGUCACUGUCCGGCGAGCAUGCUGGGUUUGCUUGGGGAUCUGGGUGUUGGUGGCAGCAUGCUCCAUGCCGUUCGUCUUCUCUGGGACUCUCGAGCGUCUGGGGAAGACCCGCUGCUUUGAGCCCAGAGGGCACAAAGCCUGGAAGCUGAUUCUGGUCCUGAACUACAUUGGGCUGGUCGUUGGCUUCCUCCUCCCCUUCCUGACAAUCCUGGCCUGCUAUAGCCGUAUCAUCCACAGACUGACCACCCAAGAUAGGAAUCUAAGAAAAACGCAGGUCAAGCGACAGAGGUCAGUGCAUCUGAUUGCCAUGGUCCUGACCACCUUCCUCCUUUGUUUCUUGCCCUAUCACAUUGCUCGUACAGUCCACCUCCACGCAGUGGUCUUGCAGGACAGCAGCAAGCCUCAGGACUGCUGGCUGACCGAGCUCCUGCAGAAGAUCCUCGUUGUGUGUCUUUGUCUGGCUACCUCAAACAGUUGCUUCAACCCUCUGCUGUACUACUUUUCUGGAGAAACCUUUCGCAAGGCUAUAUGUGUUGCCUCUGCGAACUGCAGCAACUCUUACAACUCCUUUAACCAGGGCAGCCUGCUCACCUUGAGGGCUAAGUCCAACCCCCGUGACUUGUCUGCCCUUGUCAAGGACGAAGGCCUGGUCCAGGACAACAAUGCCAUUCUGAGCCGGGAAGAACAGCUAUGAUGUGACAGAAAAAAAGUCUGAUUUUUUUAUUAUACCGAAGUUCCCGAGUUGGUGGCGUGUCCUCAAAGCAAAAUGGUGUAAGCGAUUGAGCCAUGGAAAUUUAAGAGUAAGAAUUAUAUAACCAUUUUAUGUUACACAUUUAUGUUUGUACAUUUCUUUGUUGCCAUUUAACAUUAGUAUUUCAGUAUGUUCUUAUUAUUUUUGGUUAUUUUAGUUAAAAUAGCUACAGUACAAGCUAACUUGUACUGUAAAGAAUUAGAAUCUCAAUUGUAUGAAAUAUUACUGCGCAAUUAGAGUGCCUAUGGGAACCCCUUAAGGAUAAGCAUUGAAAUACAAGUUUAAAUCCCUGCAGGUCAAAUAGUGGAGACGAACUGGUGGCCACAGUUAUUAUGUAUGCUCUUUGUAGGUGGUGAUCUGAACUAUUUACACAACUUCAGUGUAAGAUUUCUGAAAGACACGUGAGGCAGUAUUUCAAUCAUUUAAAUGUGACAUUGUAUUUUCCCUAUGCUGCCUACAAACACCAUGUCGAUCAGCUAUCUGUUUUACAUGCAGGUUUCUGGUUCAAGUAUUGUGAGAACAGGCUUUUUUAUGUCAUAUGAUAUAAGGUGUUUUCAGACAAUCAAACUAUACGCAGUUCUGUCAGAUUGUUUGUUUGACAAAUGGAUACAUGGACAACCAAACAAUGCAGAGAGGGAUGUGUGGUAUAUUGCCUUGCCUACUCCAACAGGAAGC